AUGGCAAGGAAGCGCAAAGCAUCGCCCCGGCCAGCGGCUGCCAGCAAGAGGCACUCCGGGGGGCUGGGGGCGUCGCGGGGCGAGCCGGAGGAGGAGGAGGAGGAGGAGGAGGGUGAGUAUGACUUUGAAGAGAAAAAGCCCAGUAUAAAGAAGAACAACUCAAAAGCUCCGGCUAGGAAGAAGGAAGAAGAUUGUGAUACUGGAGUUUCCAACUCGGCAAAUAAGCCUUCAAAACAAAAAGGGGCAAAAUCACUAAUAAAAGAAAACAAAAAAAUUAUGAGAAAUAAAGGGAAUCAUAACAAAGAGGAAACAUGUGGUGACUCGCUGAAGCCCCCUCAGAAGGCAACAAAGUUGAAGAGAGAAUCUCCUGUUAAAAAAGAGAUGGAUGAAGGCAAUACUGAUGAUGAUGAUGAUGAUGAAAGUGAAGAUGAGUGGGAGGACGUGGAAGAACUCCAGGAACCUGCCACAGAUAAGUUAGAAGAAGCUGCUGUUCUUCCGGCAGCAGUGCUGCCCAGCAAUCCUGUCGAGAUAGAGAUUGAAACCCCAGAGCAGGUGAAGAAAAGAGAGAGGAGAGAAAAAAGGAAAGCCGAGUUUGAGAUGUAUCUUCGGAGAAUGGUGAAACGUUUCAGCAAGGAGGUUCGUGAGGACACACAUAAGGUUCACCUCUUGUGUUUAUUAGCAAAUGGUUUCUAUAGGAACAGGAUCUGCAGCCAGCCAGAUCUUCAUGCCAUUGGUCUAUCCAUCAUCCCCACCCACUUCACAAAAGUGCCUGCAGGCCAAGUGGACCUUCUCUACCUUUCCAACUUGGUGAAAUGGUUUGUUGGAACCUUCACUGUCAAUGAUGAGCUUUCCACUGAAAACGGAGAGCCCCUUCAGUCGACCUUGGAGAGGCGCUUUGCCAUCUAUGCUGCACGAGAUGAUGAAGAGUUGGUUCAUAUAUUUUUAAUUAUUCUGCGAGCAUUACAGCUGCUGUGUCGCCUCGUGCUGUCUUUUCAGCCUAUUCCUCUCAAGGAGACAAGAGCAAAGGGAAAAAGUUCAACCAAGAGGCAGUCUCUCAGCAGUACCUCUGAGGGGCAGGAGAGCUCUGCCACAACACCCAAAGCUGUGGCAAAAAAAUGCCCCUGCAAAAAAGCCAAGCAGGAUGAGAAAUCCUCAGAAAGCGAAGAAGACAACAAGAAGCCAAAGAAACCCAAAACUGCUCAGACCAAAAGGAUACGCAAGUCAAAGUUGACUACAGGGAGCCAGGAACAGAAGGAAUCCAGUAAUGAGGAGAGCAGUUUAGCGGAAAAAGAUGUGCCAGUCAGGCCCAAGAACAAUCGCCGGAGACGAGUGGCCUCCAAAGUGUGUUACAAAGAAGACAGUGGAAGUGACGAGGGCAGUGUUUCGGACUUUGAGGUUUCAGAGGAGGAGAGUGAUCUGUCUGAUGAGGAUUUUGAAACUGUCUCUAAAAGGCGGGGAAGCUCACUGGGCUCCCAGAAGUCAAAGGUAACGGCUAUAAAAAGCCCAAAACCUGAGACUUCAGAAUCGAGGCUAUCCAAAAAUUCAUGUGGAGCUGAGCCUAGGCCAGCAAAAAGUACAGCUCCAGCCUUGCCUCAUACACAGAGAAAGAGAAACAAAAUAAUUUCUAGUGAUGAUGAUGACGGACAGCAGGAGAUAAGGAAAGCAAUGGGCACAGACCAGUGGCUGGAGGUUUUCCUUGAACGUCAGGACAAGUGGGUGUGUGUAGACUGUGUUCAUGGCAACGUUGGCCAGCCCCAGCUGUGCUUCACAUAUGCCACAAAGCCACUUUCCUACAUUGUGGGAUUUGACAAUGAUGGGAGUGUCAGGGAUGUGACACAAAGAUAUGACCCAGUGUGGAUGACCGCAACAAGGAAGAGUCGUGUGGACCCUGAGUGGUGGGAAGACACGCUGCAGCCAUAUAAAAGUCCCUAUGUGGAAAGAGACAAGAAGGAGGAAAAUGAGUUUCAAGUUAAGCUUCAAGAUCAACCUCUACCAACAGCAAUUGGAGAGUACAAAAACCACCCUCUUUAUGCACUGAAGAGGCACCUCUUGAAAUACCAGGCGAUCUAUCCUGAGUCAGCUGCUAUCCUAGGGUACUGCAGGGGAGAGGCUGUCUACUCCAGAGACUGCGUACACACACUGCACUCCAAGGACACUUGGCUGAAGCAGGCUCGAGUGGUGAGGAUUGGAGAAGUGCCUUACAAGAUGGUGAAAGGAUUUUCCAACCAGGCGAGGAAGGCACGCCUUGCAGAGCCUGCAAACCGGGACAAAGAGGACCUGGCACUGUUUGGUCGCUGGCAGACAGAGGAGUAUCAGCCGCCUAUAGCAGUGGAUGGAAAGGUUCCUCGGAAUGAAUAUGGAAACGUCUAUCUCUUCCUGUCAUCCAUGUUACCCAUUGGCUGUGUGCAGCUGAGACUCCCAAAUCUGAACAGAUUGGCGCGCAAGUUGGACAUUGACUGUGCUCAAGCCAUCACUGGAUUUGAUUUUCAUGGUGGCUACUCGCACCCAGUUACCGAUGGCUACGUUGUCUGUGAGGAGUAUAAAGAGGUCCUCAUUGCUGCCUGGGAGAAUGAACAAGCAGAAAUAGAAAAGAAGGAGAAGGAGAAGCGUGAGAAAAGAGCCCUGGGGAAUUGGAAGCUGCUGACAAAAGGACUUCUCAUCAGAGAGAGACUGAAGCAACGCUACUCCAUCAAGACUGAGCCGUCGGCACCUGAGACAGAGAAAGGAGCGGGAUUCUCUUCUGAUGAAGAAGGAGGUCCGAGUUCAGAGACGGCAGUAGGGAAUGUGGCCAUUUCUUGGCCCCAGAAUCGCCAGUUAGAGAAAAAAAGAGAAGAGAAGACAACCAGAAAGAGCAAGCGAGAAAAGAAAGGAGAAGCAGCACAGUUGUUCCCUUUUGAGAAACUGUGAUCGGAACAAGCUUUUCUUUGCUGUUUCCAGAUGCAAGAACAAUAGUCACAACAAAAGUAUCCUUUGCCAGUUAAAGACUUAGUCUUCCUGUGCACUUGUGUUUCUGAGCUAUCAGGGACCAACCUAAUUCAGUAUCAAGAGUUUCUUUUGCUAUCACAGGUAAUUAGAUUCAUCCUUUUAUCCCUGGACUUAGGAGAAGCAGGUGUGCAGUUGUACCUCCUGAGAAGAUCACUUUGUGCUGUUGGGGUGUUUUGCUCUCUCUUGUAUCACUCAGCACUAAGAAUUCUGUUUUCUGAGGCAUUCCUUCCGUGACCACUGUCUUUUCCCAGUUUUCUCCGUUCCAUUUUUUUCUGCUUGCUCAGAACGAAAGCACGCAGCUGCUAUUUAAGUCUGUGGUGAGCUGGCCAAAGGACUGCUGAUGCCCUCUUUGAUUCAUACCUUAUCCAAAUCAGUGGCGAGGUAGAGUUCUGGUCUUAUUGUCUCAUCAUCACAGAAGGGGAAAUACUUCCUCUAAGGUGUAAACAUGCAAUCAAGAUUUGGAGGAAUCUGAAAAUUUACUUUCUAAAGAAUACCUGACUUUUGUGAAAACUCAGUUUUGGUUUUUCAGCCUACAAUCUUCCUUUACUUUCAGAAAUCUUGUGCAGUAGAAGGGAGAAGCCCUGUCCUCAUUUCAAACUUAAGGUGAACUAUGUCUUCUGAAGUAAUUUGAAUAUAUACAUAUUUGUUUCAGUUUUGUUUUAUCAAGACCAUGCGGAUAUGUUCUGGAGCAAAACAUGUAAAACUGGCUAGGCAUCAUUGUCAGAAACGAAAUUCACUGAAACCAGAGAACUCUUGUAAAUGUUACCCAACACCUAAGCAUUUAAAAACUGUUGAGAGAGGAAUGUUAAAUCUACACAAACUUUUCCUGCAGUUUUGUAAUAGAAAUGCUGAUCUGUCUUUUGCAGUAUUUUUAUAACUAAAUUACGCUGACACUGUCUCUUCAAAAGUAGAGGGGAAUACAGUCUAGUCAUGGCUGGACAUUGUCACAGAGGAAAGAUUGAAAUGCAAGAAAAUGGCUUACAUUUAAUUAUGUUCAGAAAAAAUUCUAUUUUUGUACUGUAUUUGUAGAACAAAAUAAAGUAUGUGUCGUGCUUUAACCCCAGCCAGCAACUAAGCACCACGCAGCCGCUCCCCCCUUCCAGUGGGAUGGGGAGGAGGAUCAGGUUAAAAAAGUAAAACUUGUGGGUUGAGAUAAGAACAGUUUAAUAACUAAAGUAAAAUAAAAUACACUACUAACUAAGAAUAAAAAAUUAUAAGAAUAACAAUAAUAGUGAUGAAAAGGAAUAUAACAAAAAAAAACCCCAAGAAAAGACAAGCGACGCACAAUGCAAUUGCUCGCCACCCGCUGACCGAUGCCCAAGGAGUGAUCUGCCCCUCCCGGCCAACUCCCCCCAGUUUCUAUACUGGGCAUGACGUUCUAUGGUAUGGAAUAUCCCUUUGGCUAGUUCGGGUCAGCUGCCCUGGCCAUGCUCCCUCCCAGCUCCUUGCACACCUGCUUGCUGGCAGAGCAUGGGAAACUGAAAAGUCCUUAACUUAGGAUAAGGGCUACUUAGCAACAACUAAAACAUCAGAGUGUUAUCAACAUCAUUCUCACACUAAAUCCAAAACACAGCACUGUACCAGCUAGUAAGAAGAAAAAUAACUCUGUCCCAGCUGAAACCAGGACAGUAUGGGAAGAGAGUAAUGUUGUCCAUUACACCUCCCCUCCGGCCAGCUCAUUCUUCUGUAAGCAGCUCCGUUUCCCUGGAGGGACUCUCACACAAGGAUAAAAGCACACCGUAGUAUUUCCAGAAGUCACAGAUCGGGUCCCAGGAUAUCCUAGAGCUGGCUGCUUGUGAAUUGUUUUAAUGUUAAGGGUCUUCAUUCUGAGUUUUUAGUUUUUGCUACCAAAUUCUAUAUGAAUAAAGACCAACCUAAGUUGGA